AUGUUGGUCGUGUUCAAACUUGUCGUUCGUGUGGUUGAAUGGGGCAGGCAGGUGGUUCUCUUCCUAUCGGGCGACACGGCUUUGACAAGUAUGGGUUCAAAAAUGGAAUCGUACGAAGAUCUGAACAAGUUCGCAUUUGUUCUGUACUUCGGGCCAAUGAAGAAAUUUGAGGUGGUGGACGCGAAGAGGCUGUACGUGCUAAGUGGAAACCGCAGGAGGCACUACGACCAUCGCACCGACGAAGCACAGGCCAAGAAUCUGAGUGUCGCUGCAACUGAUUCUGCAGGAAAAACUUUGACCAGAUGCCAUGUGCUGCUCACAGGAGCAUCAGCUGACGACGUGAGGGCCGAAUUGAAUUUGGCAAAGGCUCAAAAUAUAAGGCUUUCCUGCCCUCCAAGAAAGUCGAUUGGGCCCAUUACUUUCCCUGUGGAGGAUUUCUUAAUGGAGGAGGAGCGGCAGGCUGCUAAGAACAAGCUGAAAUCUUAUAACUCGGCUAAGCUUAAGGCCAAGAACGACAAGCACUCCAAUAUUGUAAAGAGGUCUCUGUUUAAGAAGCCCCAGCAUAGCAGCACCCCAAUUAAAUGUAAAGAUAACGGAAAACGAUCUCCAAAGAAAAAUAAGUGCACUGUUGAAAAUAAUAAUGCUCCAGGUAUUAAACAUACGGAAGAAGCUGCUCCUAAAGCAGACAUAGUAUUGGAGGAGCCUCCAACUGUUACUCAUGGAAGUGGCAAUGGAAAUAUUAGUACCGACGCCAUCAAAACCUCUGCAGACAUGACUUCAGGGAAUCAGUUGAAAUCCCUGUCAACUGAACUUUCAACAGGGAUUCCUACUGCUGGAAGCAACAAUGGGCAUGCGUCCAAAUCAUCCAAGACUUCCAGUCACGACAUAACUCCAUUAGAGAGCCAACUCAAGUCAUUGUCAACCGAACUUGCAGAAAAAGUCGAGAAUGACAAGCUGAUUCACUCAAAGAUACUGGACAACUUGAAAGACAUUUCAUCGAAGUUAGAUCUUAUCAGUGGUGGUGAACACUCACGACGCCAAAAAAACAAGUGUGCCAUUCAAUCUUUGGAAACUUUAGUCUCCGAAGCAGCUGUAAACCCUAUUCCACACGACAAGGUUUAUAUAGGUGGUGAUAGAUACAUUGCUAAAAAGUCUAUGGUGGACACCGAAAAAUUAACUACAUACAAAGCCAGGCUAAGGAAAGCUUUAGAACUAAUUUUAGUACAUCCUGAAUCAUAUAAUCUCACUGGAGCAGAUGGGAUGAAAAAAGUGUCAGAGCAGCAAGUGGAGGCAACAAAAAAUUUCCUACAAGCUUUGAAUUGGAAAUCCUUCAAUUUGAAGCCAAUGAAGGUCGGUAAGAAAGUUUUCCAGCCUCAUACGGAUGACUUUGUAAGGCGUUCCAUGAGCAAGUAUCUCUGUGAAAUCAGCAUAAAACCAAAGAAGACCAAGAAAGACAGUGAUUCAGAAAAUGAAGAAGAUGAAGAUGGCAGAAAGAGAAAGAAAAAUAGAGUAGACGGAGAGAUUGAUGACGAAGAAGAUGAAGAAGUAGAAACUAGAAAGAAGGCAAAGAAGAGGAAUGAAAUUGAUGACGAAGAGGAUGAAGAAGAAGAAAUUAGAAAGAGGGCAAAGAAUAACAGUGACAAUGAGAAUUCUGAUGAUGGUGACAAUCAGGACAUUACUAUCAGUUCUGAUUGUUCAUUCCUGAAGUAAUGUGAAAUUCUUGAUCUAGUCCUCUUUGAAUUUGAUGAUUGUUGUAACUUAGCUGAUUGAUCUGUCCAAGACUAUCAUUUAUUUUGUUAUCUACUUCUUAGAACAAAAUUUGUCACCAAAACCACAAAUAAUGACAAAUGUUGUUUGUAAAAACCUUGUUAACUUCCAGAUCUUGCCCCGCAUAUUUAAUUACCAGUUUAAACUAAUCUUCUUUCCUAUAAGAUUAUUGUUUUAAGUCAUUUGUUACGCAGCAAAGUUAUUCUUUUGUUUGCCUAAGUAACGACCAGUUACUUGGUUUGCCAAAGCAAUAUGUUA